UCAACGAACGCCUUCCCGGCUUCUCAUUGGCCAGCCGUUGCCUUUCGCUUCAUGCUCUCGCGGGGCUGCUCUGCGAAGAUGGCGGCCGAACUGGUAGAAGCGAUGAACAUGGUGAAGAGUUUCCGUGUGUCUGAUCUGCAGUCGCUGCUGGCCUCGAUGGGCCGCAGCAAAAGUGGGUUGAAGCAGGAUUUAGUUGGAAGAGCUCUUCGGCUUGUGCAGACCGAAUACAGUCCGGAGCUUCUAAAGAAUGUGCGACAGCUCUAUGAGACACGGUUCCCCAAAUCCACGGCCUGGCUUGGAGCUCGACGACCUGAGUCUGUGCCCGUAACCUAUCCUGCCCUUAACUCCUCGCCUAGAGGCACGGCCCAGGGCACAGACUACCUCAACAGCAUCCCCAAACCAGCUCCGCCUCCUGUGGCAGAAGUCAAAUUGGUGCCCCUACCAUUCUACCACAACCUAGAAACACUGCUGCCACCCACAGAACUAAUCGCACAGAACAGCGAGAAGCUGCAAGAAAGUCAAUGUGUUUUUGAAUUAACAACAAGUCAAGUGGAACAGAUCCGGAAUUCCAGUGAACUUCGCCCAGGGAUGAAAUCAGUUCAAGUUGUUCUCAGAAUCUGCUACACAGACUCUAUCGGUGUUCAGGAGGACCAGUAUCCUCCCAAUAUUGCUGUGAAAGUCAAUCAGUCCUACUGUCAUGUACCGGGUUACUAUCCCUCCAAUAAACCGGGUGUUGAGCCACGGCGGCCCUGUCGACCCGUCAACAUCACGCCCUGGUUACACCUCUCCACAGUCACUAACAGAGUCACCAUCACAUGGGGCAACUUUGGAAAGCGGUACUCGGUGGCUGUGUACCUGGUGAGGGUGUUCACAUCUGGAGAGCUCUUCAACCAGCUGAAGCAUUGCUCAGUCGAGAGUGCUGAUCGUUGUCGCGAACGCAUUCAGGACAAGUUGCGCUUUGAUCCUGAGAGUGAGAUUGCCACUACGGGACUGCGAGUGUCCCUCAUCUGUCCUCUGGUAAAGAUGAGGCUUGGAGUGCCAUGUCGAGUGCUCACCUGUGCCCAUCUUCAGUGUUUUGACGCUGUCUUUUUCCUGCAAAUGAAUGAAAAGAAACCCACGUGGACCUGCCCCGUAUGUGAUAAACCCGCUCCCUUUGAGCUUCUAACAAUUGAUGGGUUGCUGUCUGAGAUCCUUAAAGAGACGCCGGAGGAUGUGGAGGAGAUUGAAUAUUUAACUGACGGCUCAUGGAGGCCAAUCAGGGAUGACAAAGAGAAGGAAAGAGAGCGGGAAAACAGCCGCACACCCGACUGUCCUGUGGUGGAUAUAUGUGUUCCUGAGGUGAACGGUCACUCCCCAGCACACAGCGGCACAAACCAGACCGGGAAGUCUGGAUCGGGUGGUGCAUCGGCAGGAUCCGGCAGCAUCAGCGCCGGGUCGGGAGGCGGAGCCGUGGUGGAUCUGACUCUGGAUGACUCUUCGGAGGAAGAAGGAGGGGGCGGGGCUGAGGACAGCGAGGACACGGAUGACAGCCAGGACAGCCCCGCCCCUAAAAGGGGCAGAUAUGAUUAUGACAAAGACCUGGUCACCGCAUACUGAGACUGGCAGGACACUAAGACUUGUUUGGUUGGGGGGUGUAGAUGGGAUCAGAGCCUUGGAAAAUCAAGAAACAUGUCCCCGUGUCCUCUCCCAAAUGCAUACACACAUGCACUCACACAGACAUGUACACUCAUGCGCUGAUGACCUCUGGAGCAGUCGGGCAUCACAUUGACAAACUUGUAGAUGCCCCGUAAAGCCAUUCCCAAUCAUUCACUGCAACUUAAUACUGUAUUCUCCCUUUAAAGACCAUGGAAGAGUAACACCAUCUUCAGUUCUACUCUAUCGUCCUCGAUUUCCUCGCCGCUUUGUGUUCUGACAGGUUUAAACAUCCUGGGCUUUUAAGAGCUUGCCAGUUUUAGUUUUAUUUGGAGCGGUUCAGGCCUUCGAAACAUUGUGAGACAAGCCACAGUAUCUCAAAAACGUUCAUUCCCUUGGGUCGAGAUCAUACAACCUUUUACAAUCUAUUCAGAGGCAUUUUCGGUUGGUCCUCCACAUAAAAUGUGUAUGUUAGCUGUUUGUUUUACUGUGAUUUGGAGACAUUUCUGACAAAUUUCCACCUCUCUCAAAUAUAUAUAUAUAUAUAUUUUUUUUUUUUGUCCACAGAAGUUGACAAGCUACCUCAGUCUAACAGCGAACUUAACUAGACCAGAGGGUUAUUAAAAGGGUGUUAAAUCCCUUAUUUGAAUUUUUUUUUUUGGUGUAGUUUUGUUUUCAGUCCCUUUUGUUUUUCAAGUGCAACAACACUGGAGAGGCAACAUGCAUUGCUCUUUAUUUUGUGCUUGCCCAUUUAGACAUCAUAUUAAAAACAAUUCUGACUCGAGCAAUGAGUUUUCCGCUCCAAUCUGUCACUCAACUAGUCUGUACUACUGACUGGAUGUAGUGCGCAAAUCGACACUCAGUUCAGAAAGAAUUUUGACACCAAUGGUCAUUUUGAGAUGCUUGUAAACGAGUAAAUAUUGUAUGAUAGCUAAUGCAAUAAUGAUAAUGUAUAAUGUCUGAUCAUUUAAUAGAAAAUUGCAGGUCUCAAUGUCAUUUACUGCUUUCAGUCGUUUUAGUCCUAAUUACACAAAGGCAGAAUAUUAAAUCAGGUUGAGGAGAGGACAAAGAGUUGUUUUUGUUUUCUUCUAGACGUGUCUGUAGUAAAUUAUGUUUAUUUAGCAGGGGAGGUGACGUUAUUGGCUAAAUUAAAAGUUACCUAAACUGAAAACCUGAAACUUUUUUCAGUUGACUUCACUUUACAAUUGAAUUUUUUUUUUCUUUUUUUUUUUUUUUUUUUUUUGGACGAAUGGCUGAUUGGUUUGAGCCCAUUGUUUGGAGGUUGUUUGUGUUCAUUACAGCCGGUUGAGGAGGUGUUGACAUUUGUGUAAUGUUUUGUUGACUUUGUGACAGGAGUGAAUCCUAAAAAUGUUCCUUUAUUUCUUGUCAGAAUGAGUAUUUAUUGAUUUAACAGUUUUUGCCUCUUUUAUUUGAAUUAAUUUUGCAUUUCGCAGCAAUUUCAUGAAUUUCCAGCAUGUUGCUUUCUUUGUGGUGGUAGAUAACGCUGUGUCCUCUCACGGCCUGCUGUUGAACACGCACAUUCAGCCAUUUGCAACAGUCCGAACAUAAGGGGCUUAGUCAGGACUAUGCAGACUUGACCUAAACCUCGGCAGAUUUAGACUCCCGCUAAAUGACCAAACACAAAUGGCACAUCCAGAUGGCUGAUCUGUUGAGGAGGACUCAGGGAUGAACGUGUUCUUCUUGUCUUGACAUUUUCUUCUUAGUUAAACUUGACACUCGAACCAGGUUCUAGCAUCAUGUACAAUAUUACCCUCAUCAUCAGGUCACGUAAGGCAGUCUAGGUUUCUGAUCUGGAAAUUAAGAUCUAUUUUUUGUUGUCCUCUAAGGCUUCAGAGAAAAUCGCUGUACUCUCUAGUGGUAAUUUUAAAGUUUAUUUUAAUGAAUUUUUUUCCCAACUAAUCCUGAAUUCUAACUUGAAUACUCAGUACUGUAUCCUAUCUGUAUUUGGGAAUUUCUCAACAUAAGAAUAUUGCCAUGAAGGGUUAAAUUACUUGUAAAUUUAGAUUCGUCAGCAUGGUCUUCCAUCUUCUCUACAUGACAGUCCAAUUUAAUUCCCCCUUUAUAUAUAUAUAUAAUUUUUUUUUUUUUUUGUUUUGUUUAAAGAGUAAUCAGUGCUGCAGUUGACGGUUUUCACAUAAUAAGCCCUUAAUGUAGUAUGUUCCCCUAAAUUUGCCACAUUUUUGUGAUUCUUCACAUUUAAUUACGGUAAGGAACUUCUUAGACUUCUAUCUUUAGAUUCCUAGAACAAGGUAUUAGAUGUGGAUAAAAUGCAAAUUUGCUUAUAAUGAAAAGAUAAAUGGAUGGUGAUUGAUCACAGUAUAUUUCCAGCUCAGAGGUAUAGAUGGCCUCUGUGUAGCCAGGUGAGGUUGAAGUGGUUUUUUGGGGGGAAUGGAGGCAUCCCAUCUUAUUACAGUGCUUAAGACAGCAUGGGCAGUGGCUUGCAGUUCUUGAUGUAAAUGUUUUGUUUGUGUCUUUUAUAUGUUCAUAUUAAAAGCCAAUAAAAAAUAUUUGAUCAAGUUUUGAAUUUCCUCCAGUGAGCAGGCAAAAACACAUUUGUUAUCGGCUACUCUCAACCCUUCCUGAGGAUUUAAAAUGCACAUCCUUGACCUUCUAUGAAGUAAUCAAAGUGGGAUUUGACAAUAGGAGCCACUCAUUUGUCCCUGUCUGAACUGAAAUCGAACUGUAAAAGCUCUAACCCAUGUCAAUUAUGUGUGCAAUUAAUUAAACGGAUUUAAAAUAAA